UCCGAUAAAGUAAUGGCAAAACCACUUGGACUAUAAAAGACAACAAAUCAUAUUCCUCCGGAGUAUAUACACCCAGUUGUCCACCCAAUGAGUUCCUAUUUUGUUAACUCAACUUUUCCCGUGUCUCUACCGGGAGGACAAGACUCUCUCCUGGGUCAGAUACCGUUAUAUUCCUCGGGAUACACCGAUCCGUUAAGACACUACUCCAACGCGGCUACAUAUGGAGCAGCCAACAUGCAGGAGAAGGUUUACCCGGGGUCCUACUACCAGCAGACGGGCGCAGCGGCCGCGGCCAUCUACGGCCGGGCCGGCGGCGGAGCUACCUGCGACUACAACCCGGUCGGGACCUUCUACAAGGACACGGAGGGCUCGUGCGCUUUCUCGAGCCGCGAGGACCAGCCGCUGUUUGUCACUCAGGAGCAUCAGCAGCGCAAAGCGGAGUGCCCGGAGCAGACUGUCAGUAUGAGCAGCAGCAUGGACGACAAGUCCUCCACUCUGAUCUACCCGUGGAUGCAGAGGAUGAACGCCUGCUCCGCCGAUACACCACUACAGAUUUUGAGUGCAAUUUCAGGCCCAUUUGGCACCAGUGGCCGCAGGGGCCGACAGACCUACACCCGCUACCAGACUCUGGAGCUGGAAAAGGAGUUCCACUUUAACCGCUACCUGACCAGGAGGCGCCGGAUAGAGAUCUCUCACGCCCUGUGUCUGACGGAGAGACAGAUCAAAAUCUGGUUUCAGAACCGCAGGAUGAAGUGGAAAAAGGAGAACAAACUCCUCAAUCCCUCGAAGACACCCGAGGAGGAGGAGCAGGCGGAGAAAAAGAGCUAAAAGGACAGAAAGGCAUGCGUGUGUUCGUGUGCACACUCCCCAAAUAAAAUGUAUGAUUUCUCUGUAAAGUGCUGCAGAUCACAUGUUAGACAUAUAAAGUAUCUGCACGGUGAUAACGUCUGCAUUAGAUUAAAACCACGUCCUCCACCGUUUGUCCUUGUGUUCGUGUGUUUCUUUAGAGGACUAUGCAAAAUCUGCCAAAUUGUAAAUAACGUCGUGUUGUUUCUGAACAUGUUACCUCAUUCUCGUAGGUCUACUGAGUUGUAUUCUUCUAGUUUGUCCUCCUGAACUGAAACGAGGCGGUGUCUUUCACUGUGCAUCUUGUGCUGUGCUUGUUCUAUAUUAGUCUGGGCUUGUUGUUUACAGCUGUGCCAUCGACACUCACAUUUGUACAGAUGAGAAAUAUUACAUGUUAUUUAUUGUUGUUCACCUGUGUUCAAUGCACAUCUGGAUAUUGUGUGCAAUAUUUUGUGUAGGAAAUUGUACAUAAAAAAAUAAAGGCUUUUUGAUGUAGAUUGGAAAAUGUCGCGGGGUCUUUUGUGCUGAAUAAAUAACUAUCAUCAUCGUUAUUUUUAGUUCUCAC